UCAGUGAAUGAGUAUGGUUGCGUCUAGGGUGAACUGACGGCUGAAGCGACACAGGCAACAUCCACGGGUAUUUUUUUUUGUAUUUAAAACCUGGAUUUCUAGACAACAAGAUGAUUUAUACAAAUUGAAUUACUGAUACAUGUUUUUAAUGUUUUCUGUAUGACAAUGAGGAGACAUGGAGGAGUACUGGUACAAUGGAUUAGCCCUGCAAGUUGUUCAGUCUUUUUGUCCGACCAGUUUGAUCCUCCUAAAGUUCUUUGUGGCAAAAAUGGUGCUUGAUGAGGUGGGACCAGGAGUGUUCGGCAUCACAAGAAACAAUGAGUCGAUUAACUGGAAGGCAGCUAUAACCAGCUAUAACUCUUACGACUCUCUUACAGUUUUUAGUCAACGUGAUUACGCGAACAGUUUUGGUUCUUAUGUUCGCGCAAAAAGAGACUCUUUAGUACAAGACAGGCCGGUUUGGUCUGGGCCUCAAAAUAAUCUGCACGAGCUGCUGAAAUUGUCCCCUUAAAAGAGUAGACUGAAAUACAAUACAUGUUGUGGCGGAGGGGCUGUACGAAUUGACUUUCCAAAGGACCUGCCAAUGUCGAUAAAAGAUCUAUAUUCUAUACUACAUUUUAAGGCAAACAUACGCGUUGCGGAACCAUACCAGGGUCGUAACGAACCAACUGAUACUGGCCAAACAACACCGGUACGAGUAUUUGUUUUUAUGGUUUUCACUCGAUGUAAAAGACGUGUCGAUGUUGGCGUCUUCUCCUUUCUGCACUACACCGUUUCUCAUGGUUUUUAGUGGCUACUUUGGAUGGGUAUACAAACUGUAAGUUUUGAGUAGGCUGUGUCUUUUGUUUUCUAUUCUAUUGUUUUUUUUUUUU